UGGCGUAUCUAUGCUGUGGUGAGGUUAUCUGUCCAUUCUCGACACUAUUCACCGGGUACAUGUGGAAAUCGUAGAAAGCGCACAGUGCAAUUUGAGAAUAACAUCAAGUCAAUACGAGCGCGCAUGAGUUGGGUUUAUACCGGGAAAUGUACAUGAACAUCGCAGGUCUUUUACUAAAACGGAGUUGUUUGAAGCGCGUCUUGUGAAACAAUGUAAUACCAACCAAACUCAAAUCUGAACGACAGUGGAAUUUGUGUUCUCCUUAAACCGUUGUGAUUUUCCUGGAUUUAAAAGCACAAGUUGCGGACAAAUUGGAUAAGACACCCCAGGGAAGGGCACUGAAUACUUGCACGAAAUUGCAGGUCGUGGAAUGAAACCUCUUUUAUAAGAAUUGAAGGUUUGGACUGGUGUACGUGGGGGAAAAGCAAGUGGAAUUCUGGGAUGUUUGCAAUGUCAGUGAAGGAACAGUAGAACUUGUAUUUCUACAGAUUGGUUGCUAUGCCUCCGGGGAUGGUGCGGUGUGGUUUCUCAGUCCCGGUAAUUCAGAUUGGUGUCAUAGGAGAGAUGUUUUUAGCCAAACCAAGCUGCUGGGAGGUCAAGGGGUGACAUGCCUCUGUAACACAUUGUUGGAAACAAAUGAUUGGUUGCCAUGCCUCCGGGGAUGAUGCGACAUGGUUUGUCAGUCCUGGUGGCGGUCCCAGCCCCAGUACUGUUGCUGCUGCUAGCUGCCGGCUGGCCCUCCUAUGGCCUGGCCUGGGCCUCCUCCCCCUACCCCACCUUUACCCGCAACGACACCCUCUUUGAGCACAUGACCCUGCACCCGGACCCUGCGGUGGGACGUGUCUAUGUGGGGGCGCAGGACCGCCUCUUCCAGCUGGACCGUCACCUGACUGCCGAACUCCAGUUCGACACCGGACCCGUGACAGACAGCCGUGAGUGCCUUCCACCCGUCACCGAGGGCAACUGCCCACAGGCGCGGCCCACCAGCAACCACAACAAGCUCCUGCUGGUGGACCCCUACUCUAUGGAACUGAUCACAUGUGGCAGCGUCAACCAGGGCAUCUGCCAGAAGCGGAGUUUAGACUCUGUGGGUACGGUGCUGUUCUCAGCCGAGCGGCCUGUGGACACUCAAUACGUGGCAGCCAACCACCCCAACGUGAGCACGGUGGGCCUGGUGGUGCGCUCCCGCCCUGACCGCCAGCCCGUGCUCUUUGUGGGCCGCGGCUACACCAGCAGCCACCCACCUAUCUCCACGCGCAACCUAGUCCAGGAGCCCGUCUUUUCCUAUGAAGAAACUGCAAAGCUAUCGGUGGCGGGCCGUCUCUCGGAGUACGACCACCACUUCGUGGCCUCCUUUGCCCAGCGCCAGCAUGUCUACUUCCUCUUCUACCGGCGUGACCUUAAGUCCCAGUCGCGCGAGUACCGCACCUACGUGUCGCGCGUCUGCCUGGAUGACCAGGCCUACUACUCGUAUGUGGAAGUUCCUCUGGCCUGUCGCUCGGCAGCCGGUAAGAGCUACAACCUGCUCCAAGCUGUCCGCCUUGGUCUACCACCCAGGGGGAGUGGGGGCGAAGCUGGGAAAGCCGAGGUGCUCCUGGGGGUGUUCUCCACACAUCAGACCUCGUCCACACGGCCCAGUGAGGACUCUGCUCUCUGCAUGUUUAACCUGGACGAUCUGGACCAGAGGAUCAACUCCACCAGGGACCUGUGCUACACGCAGUUCGGCCGUGCUGAGGGAGUGGGGGAGGCGGCCUACAUCGAGUACGAAGUCAAAUCCAACUGCGCCAACCUGCCGUCGAACACCCUGGAUGCCUACCCAUGUGGUUCAGACCACACCCCCAGUCCAAUGGCCAGCCGGGUGGCUGUGGAAGCCGAGCCCAUAUUGGACAGCCCAUCCACCCGUCUCACCGCCGUGGCUGUCAGCGUAAGGGCGGGACAUACAAUCGCCUUCCUGGGGGAUUCCAAGGGAAACCUGCGCAAGGUGUUUCUGGGCCCUAACGGUGAGGUGGAGGAGUACGCCGUCGUCUCCAUCCAGGCCAACGCGGUCAUCAGCUCAGACCUGCUCCUGGAUCAGUCUGAGGAGCACCUUUUCAUCAUGACGUCCACCAUGCUCCAGAAGAGGCCAGUGGCUGAGUGCCACGAACAUCUGGACUGCCAAGCCUGUCUGUCUGCCCACGACCCCUACUGUGGAUGGUGUGUCCUGGAGGGGAGGUGUGGCCAGCAGGCUCAGUGUUCACGCGGGGCCCAGGCAGGCCAGUGGCUGUGGAGCUUCGACAUGGAGCAGAAGUGUCUCACCAUCCAGUCCCUCAGCCCCUCCAACAUCAGCCGGCAGGAGAAGAGAAGUAUCUCUCUAUCAGUCCUGGGCCUGGCCGUCCUAGAAGAGGACAAGUCGUACUCCUGUUUCUUUCACGACUCUGAGAGUCCUGCCACAGUCACUGACAUGGGGGUCACCUGCCUCUCCCCUGACCCCCACAGGGUGUUGACUGGGCCCCCGGGACAAGAUUUUGUCAUGGUCACCCUGUCCCUGCGCUUCGGUGACGUCAUCGUCACGGCGACAGAGUUCACCUUCUACGACUGUACUGCAGCCAAGCAGCUGUCUGGGAGCGUGCCUUGCCGCGGUUGUGUGUUGAGUCGCUGGGGCUGCAACUGGUGUGUCCACCAGCACACCUGUACCCACAAGCCCUCCUGUGACGAGGGGGUUAUAAUCUAUAAUGAACACUUCAAACUCCCCACCCCGGCUCCUCCCACAACAGUGUCCCCAACAACCGUACCCCCGACAACUACAACAACAGCACCCCCUACAACUACCACAGCAACUAUCGCCACAACUACAUCAAUCAAAGCCCCUACCACCAUAGCUACUGCCCUGGAGCCUAUGACAACAACCCUGUCUACGACCACCACACCGGAGCCGACUACACUGCCCAACCCUGCUAUGCCGACCGAGGCCCCCACUACUGCUAUGCAGGCCGAGGCCCCCACCAUUCGUCCCCCUACAACGUUAGCUGAAGCUACAACGCCCAUACCUGAGACCACCACUAGUGAGGCUGAGGAGCAAACAACUGCGGAAGAGCUCGUUGCAGAGCCUGAAAGUGAAACUGUAGGCCCCGUGGUUACCCCUGGCAACAUGGAGCUUGCCGCGGAAACUGAGGUGGCGACGGUUAUGACCAAAGACAGGCAGCCAUUCGAUGAUCUCACCACUCUGAUCCCCCUGGCGUUCCCGCCCGAGACAUCCCCAUUGGUUACUGCACCCCCCCCUCGGGAACUGGACAAGGCUCUGAGUCUGGCCGAGCCCCCCUUGGAGGUCCAGCCCACACCCGUCAGCUACCCUUUCCCAGCCCCCUUCCCCCUGGGGGAACCGGUCGACUCAGAUCUCACCUUCCACCUGGACCUGACAGAGGCCCCCUCCCUACUCCCUCUAGACCACCUCCACCCCACCGACGCCGAGGGCCAGGGUGCCGAGCCGGAAGUGCUUCUCUGGCCCAGGGAGGAAGUGGAGGAGGAAGCUGAGGACACGGCGGUAGAGAACGACACAUCCACCACGUUUUCGGCCACCAGCGUGCUGUCAGGGGACGGAGAGGCCGCUGACCACUUCCUUUCGGGCUCGGCCUACCCCCAGCUCCUGGACGCCGACUCAGAGCUGGACUACCAGUAUGACUCAUCCGACACCUUCCUGCCGGGGGACUCAGGCUCCUAUGUGAGUUGGGGCUCGUCUGCUUGCCCCUGUGUGGAGAAGGUCCAGGGUUCUCAUCUGUUACCAGUCAGAGUGGCGAGGAAGAUCACACUAUUCGCCAGAAACCUCCACCUGUACCAGGACACAGACCUGGACUACGAGUGUGUGUUGGUGAUCGAGGGGCAGACGGUGGUGGUAGACGCCUACGUGGAAAUGGAUGAGAUGAUCCCGUCUCUCUUUGACAUCACCUGUCAGCUGCACCAGUAUUCCUACUCCGCUCCAGUGGAUGAGUACAACGCCAUGGUGUACGUAAAGAGGCGGGACACCUUCCACGUGGACAGCUCUCAUGACCUGUACGACCUGAUGACGGAGAUGAUGGACAUGUCCAGUGACCUGGUGGGCUCGGGCAUCCCCUUCCUGGACUACCGGCGCUAUGCUGAGCGGAUCUUCUUCCCGGGCCACCGCGAAUCGCCCCUGCGGAGGGAUCUGGACGUACAGGAGAGUCGGCGGGCCACAGUGGAGCAGGGCCUGGUGCAGCUCUCUAACCUGCUCAACAGCAAACUCUUCCUCACCAAGUUCAUCCAUACUCUAGAGAGCCAGCGGACGUUCUCACCAAGAGACCGGGCCUACGUGGCCUCUCUCCUGACUGUGGCGCUGCAUGGGAAACUGGAGUACUUCACAGACAUCCUCAAGACCCUGCUCAAUGACCUGGUGGAGCAGUACGUGGUCAAGAACCCUAAACUCAUGCUGCGGAGAACGGAGACAGUGGUGGAGAAGCUGCUGACCAACUGGAUGUCCAUCAGCCUCUAUGCUUUCCUCAGGGACUCUGCAGGUGAGUCUCUCUACAUGUUGUUCAGGGCUAUCAAGCACCAGGUGGACAAGGGGCCGGUGGACGCGGUGACUGGCAAGGCCAAAUACACACUCAAUGACAACCGUCUCCUCCGAGAGGAUGUAGAGUACAAGACCCUGACCCUGAACGUGUUAAUGCAGGGCGGGGGGGUGAAUGAGACCCAGCCACUUCCCUCCAAGGUGCUGGACAUAGACACCAUCACCCAGGUGAAGGAGAAACUCCUGGACCAGGUCUACAAGGGCACCUCCUUCUCGCACCGGCCACACACAGACUCUCUGGACCUGGAGUGGAGGUCUGGUGUAGCAGGUCAUCUGAUCCUGUCUGAUGAAGACCUGACGUCUAUUGUCCAGGGCAAUUGGAAACGCCUCAACACACUCCAACACUACAAGGUUGCAGAUGGCGCGACAGUGGCUUUGGUCCCGCGCCACAGCAAACACAUCCAUCACGACAACCACGACUACGUGGCAGGUGAAAAGACGCCCAUGCUGGAGGAUGCAGACGAGGGCGGGGUGAGGCUGUGGCACCUGGUCAAGGCCGGCGAAGAGCCUGAGCUACCCAAGCAUCGCCGCGGCAGCGUGAGGGAGAGGGCCAAGGCAAUACCAGAGAUCUACCUCACACGUCUGCUCUCCAUGAAGGGCACUCUGCAGAAGUUUGUGGACGACCUGUUCACGGUGAUCCUGUCCACCAGUCGUCCCGUUCCGCUGGCCGUCAAGUACUUCUUUGACCUGCUGGACGAUCAGGCGCAGCACCACGCCAUCACCGACCCUGAGACCAUCCACAUCUGGAAGACCAACAGUUUGCCCCUGAGGUUCUGGAUCAACAUUGUAAAGAACCCCCAGUUUAUCUUUGACGUCCAGCCCUCGGACCACGUGGACGCCGUGCUAACGGUCAUCUCCCAGACCUUCAUGGACUCCUGCACCACCUCAGAGCAUAAACUGGGCAGGGAUUCACCAAUAAACAAACUGCUUUAUGCCAGAGAUAUCCCCCGGUACAAGCAGAUGGUGGAAAGGUACUACGCUGACAUCAGACAGACCAUCUCUGCCAGUGACCAGGAGAUGAACUCCGCACUAGCAGAACUAUCCAGGAAUUACUCAGGCGAGUUGAAUUACCUUGUUGCCCUGCACGAGUUGUACAAGUACAUCAACAAGUACUAUGACCAGAUCAUCGGGGCCCUAGAAGAGGACAGCACGGCCCAAAAGAUGCAGCUGGGCUACCGGCUCCAGCAGAUCGCUGCAGCCGUAGAGAACAAAGUCACUGACUUGUGACAGUGAAACCACUGACCAAGAACACGCCGGCAGAGGAGACCACAUUAAGAGACCCACAGGAGUGGGGGAGGGAAACUCAGAGGGGCUGGGUUAGGAGGAUGGACAGACCGGACCAAUAGACAGAUUAACACAAAAUCUCCCUCCUGUCAGAAGAGGGGGAAGUAUGGUUCUAGGGGUAAGGACCCCAAACACCCAACCCCUUUUCCACAUUAAGGAGCAAUGAGUGACUGUUGUUCACACACAACAGUCACCCAGGGGGUUGAAAAGGGGAUGUGGUGUAUUGGGCUGCUGAACACAUGAAACUCUCUAGAGGUGGUGGUAUACUCUCCAUUGUGGACAAGACAGGAGGGAAAGAUAAAGGGAGACACACACACAAACAGACGAGGAGCCUUUGUUUGUAUGUCCCACCCGUUCACCCUUCAGCCCUGCGUUGGACCACAUUGUGGCAUCUGCCUCUCUUGUAGAACUCUCUGUGGAACUUGAAGAAGGGGCUUGGGAGAUCCGGACGUUACAUUAUGUGUCAAUGGAAACGUGCUGAAGUCAACAAUCUGAAGUCUCAUAUGAAUGAAUGAAAGGAAGUCUCAUGUCUAUCAAAAUGCUGGUUGUCACUAGAUGGAGAGCAAGUGUGAGCGAGAGUUGGAAGGGACCAUUCUGGGUUCCCCCCUCAUUCAAGACGCAACACCCCUUUCCACAUGAAAUGUGGAGUGAAAAGUUUUAUUAGCAUUUAAUAAACAUUCUCUAGAUAUUACAUUGUCACCAAUUAAUGCAGUUGCAUACAGUACCUUUCCUAGGGGCUUGAGUCUUAAGUUAUCGGCACUCUCUACCUCCCUUUACUCACCUGAAAACUCAAGUUACCCUCUUAUUUCUUUAACCCUGAAGCUUUUUCUUGUGUUUUGCAGUUUGUCUGCUAGGUUAUAUCCAUAUCCGUCCAAAUCAUAAGUACACGUAGUGGACAAAUGCCACAUACACACACACACACACACACACACACAGUUCACUCAAUCAUGACACUCUUGAGAUGAUUCUUCCUUUUUAAUGUUUUUUUAAAUGUGUAAUUAUUGCCAUUCCGCUUUUUCAGGUAGCUCCCGAGUCUAUACAAAUCUGUGCUCCUCUUUAUGGUAUUGAAUGGGAGGAAGAUGUCAGAGUUGAAAUGAACUGCUCUCGGAAAGAGGCUACAGCUCGCGCUCUGCAUGACUAAAGAAAGAAUGAUACUGAAAGCAAAGAAGCAGUCUUUUCAAAAGGUACUGGAAAUAGGUGACCGUGUGAAUGUUUUGAUGUUUUUAAAGGGUAACAGUCACUGGAGGGACACUAGAUCAUAGAUUAAACAAACAAAUCUCAACUGUAGAAUUGUAUAUAUUUAAAACAUGUGUCCCACAGUAUUUUAUGGUGUACGUUCAUGCAACUUUCCUUGUUGUACAUUUUUAACAUAACUUUUGUUUUUCAACCAAGAAAAGUCUAUUGAAUCAUGUUCUCAGUUUGUGCUGUUGUGAGGUAGCUUAUUUAUCUGACAAUUGGCAACUGCGCCGUUGAUAUGUGUAUUGCAGUUAUUAUAUUGAACACAAGAUGGCGACAGCUCCUACGUUUGUUGAACUUGUUUUCUAACACUGCUGUUUUAACUGUCUAUAAGGUUUCACAGAAGAUACUUUGACCUAGUCACAUUUUGCAACGUUUGAUUAAGUAUUAGAAUUAUAACUACAUUGCCAUUUCUGAACUUUACUGAAACUUGUUUUCUUAUGAUUUACCCAUGGGUUGUGUUAUUCAUAAUUUGCUCAUCUCUGCAUUGUCUAUUAGACUAUAGCGUCAUUCUUGCAUCCCAAAUGGCACCCUUGUCCCUAUAUAUAGUGCACUACUUUUGACGAGGGCCUUAUGUAGGAAAUAGGGUGCCAUUUGGGACAGAAACCUAGACUAAUCAUUCUAUCCAACAGAGCUAUGUACCAAGAAUGUUAUCACACAAAUUGGAGGUGUUGCAUGUAUGUUAACGACACAUAACUGAUGUUAGACUUAUGGAUGAAGACAUUUAACACUACCCAUGUGGUAGGCUAUAUCUUUAUAUGCUGGUGCACUGUUGGCUUUCUCGUGAGUAGACACCAAUAAGAGGCUGACAAUGAGUCAGCAGAUUGCUCAUUUAACUGUAAAACCCAAUCAAAUGAUCAGUUUUGUCCUAUUUUGAUAAGAAUUUUGAAGAGAUGAAAGUGUAUGUAGUUUAUGCGUUGCAUGCUAUUGUGUGGGUUCUCCAGUUUGAUGCAUUUUCCUGUUCACCGCCAUUGUCCCUAGAUUGCACAGCAUAAACGAGUCAUAGUAGCUUAUUGGUUAACAUCACACUAUUUUUCAAUGGACAAUUUGUAUUGUCAUAUGCUUUCAAUGUAGACUAGUAUUAUGUAUGAAGCCUAAUAAUGGUGAAGAGAGCAGGUGGUGGUCAUUUAAUGGAAAACUAUUGUUAGGCUGUAUAAAUGUAGCUAUGUAGAGCAGGCUCUGCAAGGAGCACUUUAAGGUUGAUUUUUAUUUUGUCUGUUAAUAUAGUUGUACAUAAUGAUUGAAUAAUGUAACUUGUAGCGAACCUGCUGUUUAAUAAGAGUGUAAAUUCCUACAUAUGGUGAGGUAAUAAAGUAUUUGUAAAAUCA